AUGAGUUUGAGGGCGUUGGCGCGGGCGUUUCACGAUUCCGCUCGCGCGCGAUUCGACGCGCCGGCGACUACGUUGCUGCGCGCGGCGGCGGCGCGGAUCGAACGCGAGCGGGAAGCUUCGACGGCGGCGAGGGACGUGACGAGCGCGAUUUGGGGCGUGGAGAACUAUUGGCGGCGGCGGGACGUGCGCGAGGACUCGGAGGAUAUGCGGGCGCUUCGAGAGUUUGCGCGCGUCGCGAGCGCCGCGGCGGCGAGCGUCUUCGUCGAGUGGGAUUCGGCCAAGGACAAGCGAGGGGCGGCGACGCUGUGUCGGGCGCUGAAGCACGUGAUCGCGAUUCAUAAAAUCACGGGCGAGCCCGUGCCGAUGGAUUUCAUCGCCUCGCUCGUGAACGUGGCGUCGCAUAACGCGGUGGCAUUUUCGCCGAUGCAAGUGUCGUUCAUCUUGCACGACGUUGUCUCGGCGAAGGCGACGGAUAUUUUAACGGAGCGAGUCAUCGCAUCAUUCUCACACAUCAUGCAAGUCGACGAAUCGACGCCCUUUGCGGCUGUUUCAGCGCUGUUGUGGAGCUACGCGAAGAUGGACGCGUUGAAGAGCGGUUUGGUGUCGACGAAGCACACGGAUGAGUUGCACUUUGUCACUCGCGCAAAACUCGAUCGUGGCGAAAAAGUGGCUUCGCGCGAUAUCGCGAUGAAUAUGUACGCCGUCGCCAGGCUCGGUGCCGAACACGUCGGUUUUGCCGAUGGCGAUUACCACGACGUGGCGUGCAAGACGCUGGCGAAAGAAAUCGACACCCUCAACCAACGCGCUCUUCUAAUGAUUGCGUGGUCGUUGAACACCAUGCGACCGAGCGAGGAUAACGUAUACAUUCAUUCAACGUUUCUUGACGCGCUGGGCGGUGCGGUUCAGCGGUCUGUGCACGCGUUCGCGCCUUUCGAGUUGGCGCCGACGAUGCACGCGCUCACGUCGCUUCGCGUGACGAAUCCAAAGCUCUUGGAACUCGCGCGAGACAGGUUUCGCGCCGACGUUUCGGGUUACGCGGAGAAGCCUCAAAACCUCACGUUAAUGCUUUGGUCGUUCGCGGCGGCGGAGUACGAUAUCGGUGAAGACACCUCGCGCAUGGCCGCGUACGCGUACCUCGACGUCGCGCCGAUCGCUUCCGCGCUCGAGACGAAAACCAUCCUUCAAUCUCUGGCGCGUCUGCACUUCGUCUUCGACGAAGACGACGCGCGCGUGAAGAACAUAUUAGAUGACGUCAUCGAACGAUAUUUGGACGAGUACUCCGAGGCAGACUGCGAGGUGCUCGCGUGGAGUCUACUCGCCCUUCGCGUUCCGGCGAGCGAGCGGUUGCUCGAGCGCGUCGGAGUCGAGUCCGUCGCCAACGACGCCGGUGACGUCGAGUACGUCGUGCACAAACCAAUCGACGUGUGA